GACAAACAUGUUUCUGUUAUUUUUUCUGCAGUCGUGUGAAAUCUGUCAGGAGCCAUUUGAGACGUACUGGGUGGAGGAGGAGGAGGACUGGUUCCUGAAGGACGCCGUCAGAGUCGACGACAAGAAUUUCCACCCGGCGUGUUUUGAGGAUUAUAAAAAUACGUCGUCCUAUCUCGAUGUCACGCCAUCGCCCAGCAAGCUGCUCACGGAUCACCCGCUUAGCGCCUUCGUAGAGACCAAGGAGGAAGAGGAGACUUCCUGCUCCAACGCUGCCGUCUCGGUCAAACAGGAAGUUGUGCCUGAGGCCGUGGAGCUGCUCGAUGUGAAAAAAGAGGAGGCGGAGCUUUUAAUUGACCAAGUGCAAUCAGAAGAGAAUUGUGUUUAACCACGCCUCCUCUGCCGCCACCGCCGCUGCUGCUCUCGGCCUCCGUCACUUUUUCCAUUUUUGGAGAAGGUGUUUUUAGCGAGCGGAGGUCGAGUCGUCAGCAACGUUCAAUACAUUUUUGUAUUUGGAUCCAACGCGACCAUUUCAGGUCGUCUGUGUUUGUUUGACUCGACGCUGUAAAUGAUUUAAUUUAUGAUUAAAGUAUUUUUUGAAUCUCUGGUGUUAAAGUGAUUAAUGAUCAGCUGCUGCUGCCACAGUCUGAUGGUUGUUGAUCCGUUCGUUGGUUGAUGAGUAGUUGCAGGUGUUGAGUUGUUUCCCCCUUCGUUAAAGGUAAGCAUGGCUCGAUUGGACGACAGGAGACUCCGCCCACUCUUCAGGAUUGGUUACCGUCGAGGAUCCGAGUUGUCGUCUUUAUUUUUUCUGAUUUUCAAUAAACGAGUCUGAAACAUG